UAGGUUGUUUGUGAAUACAAAAUGUGGGGGACAAUAGCCGACUUAAUCUCUCCUUAUUCCCCAGUAACGAAACAAACGGCCCCUGAAGACAUGAAACACGACAAGCAUUGCAGUUUCCACGAACUUUCUCGCGCAAAAAUGAAACUACUAAACACCGCACGUAUACGUACUUUUGUUCCCCAGAUUCUAUGGUUUAAUUUUAUGAUGGUAGCUAUGAUGAUUAGGACGGCGACGGCGACGCCUUCAUUGCCGGCAAAACAUCAGGCAGUAGCCGCCAUGCACGGCGGAAGACCUGUUUGCAGCUGCGACCACACCAACUCGGAAAUGGUAUGGAAGCACGUACGACACGGCGGAGUCAUGGAUGCUCCGGCGGCCAGUAGUAGUUAUGGUGGUGGUGAGAGGGCGGCACAGAAGCUGACAAAGCUGUUGCUGAAUGUGAGUAUUCAGAACAGUCUGGGGCCGCUGAGAGUGGUGCUUUCGCCGGAAAACACCGUCGGGGAUUUGAUCAAGGCGGCUGUCGAGAUGUACGUUAAGGAGAAGCGGCGGCCGUUGCUGCCCGCCACCCAUCCUAGCCAUUACGAGCUUCAUUACUCCCAGUUUAGCCUCCAAAGCUUGAGAGAAGAAGAAAAGUUGAUAAAGUUGGAGUCAAGAAAUUUUUUUCUAUGUCCAAAAUUAAAUGGUGUGGCCAAUACAACAUGCUCCAUUGGUACAAGGGGAGCAAGUGCAACUAAAAAGUCACUAUUUCCAUUGACAAAAUUCAUGGAUUUCUUGCUAUAAGUUUGUAAAUUUUAAAUAUUUAUAUGGUUUUAUUUUGUUGGUCUCUACCUACUUUUGAUAAUAUAUCUUGAUUUUAUUUUUAUUUUA